UCCAUAAUGGCCGAAGAUCCCGGAGGAGCAUUCUUUCAUUUCACUCUUUUUUUUAUCGGUUUUUCGUUACCUCUGCUGGAAAGAUGGCAGGGCUAAGCUCAUCGAUAAACGUCCAUAGAACCCCGCCGUCGUCAUGCCCAAGAAAGGGAACCGAAAACGGCUGAAAUUUAAAGCCGAUGAUGUUUGCUCGGAGUCAGUAACUGUGGCUGACUAUGCUAACGCCGACCCUGCCAUCGUGAAGUCGGGAAGAGUUAAAAAGGCUGUUGUCAAUGCAAUCGAAAAAGAAGUGAAAUUACUCUGUGGGCUUGAGGCAUCCCAGGGUCCUGUGCAGGAGGUGCUGUCCUCCGCAAGCGGUGUGUGUGAAGAAGCCCCUGGGAGCAGUGAUGAACUGGACUCCGAGGAACUCGAUGAAAUCAAAGGGUCCUGCAAAAAGAAAAGCAAAAGGCGUAAAGAAAAUAGUGAGAGCACAGAUGGAGAAGAGUAUCCUGUUGAUAUUUGGCUAGUGCUUGCUGCAUACAUUCGGCCAGAAGAUGUUUGCAGAUUUGCUCUCAUCUGCAAGAAUGCUUGGACCACGACAUGUACAGCUGCUUUUUGGACGAGACUCUAUAAAAGGCACUAUAAUAUUGACAUGGAACUCCCUGAUCACCUUCAGCCUGAUUCACUUGCAAAGAUGCAUUGUCUUCGUGCCCAUGUGAUUCGCUCGCUUUUUCACCUAUACGAACCAUUUAGCUUGCGGGUUUCCAAAAACCCUCCUCUGCCAGAAUCUACCCCUACUACACUGCUCAAUUCCAAGUGUUUGUUGUUUUGGGUCAACAAAUUGCCUUCAAGUAGACCAGAGUCUAUGUGGGAAUUCAACUUCAAGUUUGUUAGGCUGCCAGCCAAGGGGAAAAAUGGAUGUGACCUGGGUCUUCAGGUGCCCAGGCAGUAUAAAGAUGUUCACACUAAUCCAGACUCUGGCUGUUAUUUGCUUCGGGUUACUACCCUCAAUUUCAUUUUCACUUCUGUUGUUAUGGGAAUGACAUUAACCUUGUUCACUAUUAAUGUGAGUACAGACAUGAGGCACCACCGAGUGCGCCUGGAUUUCCAGGAUUCACCUGUGAUUCGAGGCAAGAAGCUAAGGGGUGAUCAGGGGGUGCAGGUAGUGCUGGACCCUGUCCACAGUGUGCGCCUGAUAGACUGGUGGCACCCUCAGUACCCAACAUUUUCAUAUAAUUAGAGUGAGUUGCUGUGUAAAACUUAAAAGCUUUUGCAGAUGACAGUUUAUGUUUGGGUUAGUCAAUCAGUAUUUCCAGUUUUGUCCAUUUGGCAGUUUAAUUUUACGCAUCUUUUGUGUUCACAACAGCAUUAUACAUUCGAUAGACUUUUAUGGCAAAAGCUUUUUGGUGUUCUAAUUUAAAUAUGGCAUCUAAGGUCUAAAUUACUAUUCCUUUGAUUUGAUUUAAGACCAGUCUUGCUAUAUGACGCUGGAACUGACCACUAUAAAGCUAAAGCCUGUUUGAUGUGUUAAGACUGUUGAUAGUUUUAUAAUAAAGGGCAUUCAUUAAUCCCUCUUGAGCGGGAUUAGAAAUUUGCCAUAAACGGUAAUAAAAUUUGCAUGGCAUUCAUCAUGUAGAAAAAAAGCCAGUUUCUUUUCUCUAGCAUACACUCAGACCCUAUGGAGAUGUUUAUGAAUGCUAGUCCAGAUAUCUGUGAAAUUGGUAAACCGUUGGAUCUGUUUAAUUUCAAUGUCAUUGUAAAUGUGAAGAUAAUUUUGUUGCUAGGAAAGGUGUCAUGUAGAAAGUGAAUACUUUUGAGUAGCUUUUAGUCUACUAAUAGAUUAAGAAGGGUAUGGGUGAACAAUUUAUGCAUUCAGUGCUUUUUUUUUGGCCAGUUUCUGUUUUAAAAUCAUGUAUGCUUACGUUUUUAAAUUCUGGACUGAGCAGGAUUUUAGUUGUAAGUGAUGUUAUUUGAAUUUUGUAAUUACAAUUUACAUUUCCAAAUUUAAAUUGAUUUGCUUUUUACAGUCAGACGAAGAAGACUUCGUCAAGUCAAUUGUGAUCAAUUUAUUGCAAAGAGAUCUGAUAUUACUCAAAUAAACAUCCUUAUUGUGGCAUGUGCUUGUUUGAGGAAGAUUGCUUAAUACUGACACCCAGUGGCCGUAAACUAAACAACUUCUAAAACCUCCACUGUUCUAAAUUUACAGAAAAGGAAUUGAAUUUCGUUCUACUGCACCAUGUUGUUUCAGUUCUGUUUUAAUAUCAAGUAACUAUCAAUAAAAUGGAAUUAAGUUUA